UAUAAAUAACAGAUUUGAGAAUAUUAGUUUACCACUUAACUGAAUAAUAGCCAACAAUUCUAAUUUAGAAAAGACAUUACCAUAAAUCAGACAUGAGUAUUGUUUGUGGUUCCAAAAAAAAUUUGUAUGAUUUAGGUUGAAUGAAUGUGUGAUUCGAUACAGUUUAUAUGAGUGUCAGUGUAUUAACCAUAACAGUGUGCCAAAGUAAAAGGCAACUCUCUUUGAAUCCAUUACUUUUGCAGCACUCUACUUCAAUGGAAAGAAGAAAAAAGAGAAGAGGGAUGAAAAAAAGAGAAAGAAAGAAAAGAGAGAGUAAGAAUGGAAGAGAAGAACCACACCAUCCAGUUGCAGAUCCAUCCCUCGAACCCAAUCUGCCCUGUCCGGUAAUGAAGAUGGAAGCCAAGAAGUCCCGCAUGCCUCCCUAUGGAGCAGCCCCGUGGCUUGUCUUUUCUCAUGGAAAACGGGAAAGAACCAAAACCUUCUUCAAUGUAUCUGAGGGGAGUUACUAUGUGAGAAAUAUACCUGAGAUGCGCCGAUCAGAUUGUCUUGCCUCUUGCUAUGGCUGGUUGGUGAUGCUGAAUAAAACUAGUGGUGACCUUUUUCUGCUCAACUCAGUCUCAUUGCAGAAAAUCCAGUUACCAUGUUUGAGUGAAAGCUAUAGUUUUAAUCUGUGUGUUCUCUCAUCGCCUAAAACCAUGGCUUUGCGCUAUCUCAACUCACAAAAGAAGUUGAACCUGAGACAUGCCAAGUGGGUCCAAGUUAUCCAGGAGUACACUUUUGUAUUGAAGCACAAGGUUGGAAUUGAGAACAAACUUGUUAGUGCAUUGAGUCAUAGGGUUCCGUUACUCCACUCCAUGAGCAUCAAAGUCACUGGGUUUGAGCAUUUAAAGAAAGAUUAUUCAAGUUACCCAGAUUUUAAAGGUGUAUGUGUCGUUAGAUGGUCAGUCUAG